AUGCCCGCGGUCCAUCGUUACAAGUUUCCCGUUCGGCCCGGCAACACAGAACGACAACCGACGUCCGUUCGCGGUGCCUACCUCCAAAACCUCGUUGAUUGCGUUCACAUCUGUAUCCUCCGCGGCCUCUACGACAAGGCACGCAGAGCUUGGGCCAUUCUCGUACGUUGCCCAGACAUUGACUGGAAGCAACGAUGGGGAUGGGGUCUCUUCCUCCUCACGCGCGAUGCCGAGGGCAGGCAGCCUACCACAGAGGGUGGCGAGUCGCUGUCACGGCGCGGCCAAGAUAGCGCAACAGACUACCUGACAAAGCUUCGACUUCAGAAACCCGCGGUUCUGGAAGAGCUGGCUCAGCAUCUUGUUUACACGGGACGAUACGAGCCCGCAUUGAAUGAGCUCGAGACCUUCUGGCUCGCGCAGCCCGAGUCCAAGCGUCGCGAGGCGCGCGGUGGUCCGAGCUCCGACGCCGGAUUGGAAACCUCGAGGAGGCGAGGGAGCUCGAGCUCGAGCAGUGAUAUCGAGGAUAGUGAGCCGUCUGCAGUCCAUCCAAAGCUGACAACAGACGAACCUCCGGAUGAGUCGAAGCUGCAGAAGGCGCGGUAUCACUUUGGCAAUGCGCUCCAAGUGGAUCCGUCGCACACGGUUGCAAAGGGCUUCAUCGACUUGGAGCGCUGUCCUGUCCCCGGGGUCAAUCGUGCCGACAGCCCUCCCGACCAAGACACAGCACGGAGCUUUGGGGCGAUGUCACUGGACGCAGUCGACGACCUCGGCUCGGGCCUGAACCUCGGGCGGGCAGGCAUGGGUCUUGGCAAUCUCGCACGGCUGACUGGUCUGUCAGAGCUGACCAGUACUUCACGGAACGCCUCCGUUGCGGACCUGGCAGAUGUGCGUGGCGAGGAGUCGGACGACUCGCGAGAUUCGAUGGACUCGCUCGACCUCGUGUCUGACGGCGGCGAUGAGUCUCAGACGUCAGACACGGAGGCGAGAGGCACGUCACCUGACAGCCAGGGUAUGGACGUGGACAUGGACUGGGAGUGA